AAGUAAGCCUCAAAGGAGUAGUAGCCCCCAUCUUCCCUUUCUCUCUGCGCGAACAAACCUCCCCCUUCCCCAACAAAACAGAGGGAGAGGAGAGAGAGAUUAAAGCAGAAAAGGUGAGGGGGACAUGAACCAUGGCACCACUCUCACACCUAAUCCUCCUCUCUCUCGUCCUCACCCUUGCCCCAACCCCCUCCAAACCAGAACCCCUCAAACUCACCCUCUUCCGCACUCCGUCUCUUCCCCACCACUCUGACUCCCUCCUCCUCGCUUCCCUCUUCCGCGGCCGCCGACACCCAGGCCUCUCGGUCCCGGUCGUCUCUGGCGCCCCUUUCGGUUCUGGCCAAUACUUUGCCCAUCUGCGCGUCGGCUCUCCCCCCCAAACCCUUACCCUUGUCACGGACACCGGCAGCGACCUCAUCUGGCUCAAAUGCUCCCCCUGUCGGAAUUGUAGCCAUCACAAACCCAACUCCGCCUUCUUCUUUCGCCAUUCUGCCUCCUUCUCUCUCGUCCACUGCUACUCUAGCGCCUGCUCCCUUCUCCCACCUCCGCCUCACAGCCAUUGCAACCACACCCGACUACAUAGCCCCUGUCGAUACAAAUACACCUAUGGCGAUAGUUCAGUUUCUGAGGGCUUCUUCUCAACCGAGACCGCAACAAUGAACACGAGCUCAGGGCGGGAGGCUCAGGUUCCGGGCAUUGCGUUUGGGUGUGGGUUCGAGGCCAGCGGGCCGAGCUUGUCUGGGCCAAGCUUCAGUGGCGCAGUUGGUGUGCUUGGCCUUGGCCGUGGCGCGGUCUCCUUCGCUUCACAGGCCGGCCGCAGCACCUUCUCAUACUGCCUCGCUGACUACACUGACGCCCCGCCUCUCAGCAGCUACCUCCUCCUGGGGCCCCACGAGCCCACCAAGCCCAUGAGCUUCACACCCAUAAUCACGAACCCACUGGCUCCCACAUUUUACUACGUCGCCAUCGAGAAAGUAAGCGUCCAAGGACGUUCGCUCGAAAUCGAGCCAUCAGUAUGGGCGGUCGACAGCGAGGGCAAUGGCGGGACAGUUAUCGACUCCGGCACCACUCUCUCCUUCCUCGUCGAGCCCGCGUACCGCAAGAUUUUAGCCGCUUUCGAGGAGAGAGUGGGAAAGAAAGAGAGGGUCCCAAAGGUACAGUCAUUUGAUCUGUGUGUAAAUGCCAGUGGUGAAGUGAAGCUGCCGACGCUAAAGCUCGGGCUCAAGGGUGGCGCAGUAAUGGCGCCACCACCGAGCAACUACUUCCUAGAAGUGGAGCCGGGUGUUAAGUGCUUGGCCAUACAAAGCGUGCCCAGGGCCGAUGGUUUCUCCAUUUUGGGGAACUUGUUUCAACAAGGCUUCCUUUUCGUCUUUGAUAACGAGCGAUCUCGGCUCGGGUUCUCUCAAACCGGAUGCGCGUCCUAGUGGGGUGGCCUCGCCCAAAGACCUAGACAAGAGGAGUCGCCCUCGAAUCCUCCGGGUGAACAACGAAUAUUAGCAGUGCUACUUUAAUUCUUAAGGCGGAACAGAUAAAAAAAGAAAAUGUUUUUUAAGUUUCAAAAUUUGAAGGAUGUUUGAAUUCACUCUCUCUGUCUAGCUGCGUUGUGUACUAUUCGUUGUAAUUAUUAAUUUUGGAGAGAGAGAGAGGAAGUUGGUAGAAAGAUGAAGGAGAAAAGUGCGAGGAGAUUAGGUAAAAAAAAGUGAAGGGAUAUAAAUGCGGUGGGUUAAUGGAAGUAGGUUAAUGAGUGGGAGUGGGAGUGGGUUCACGUGAAAUAGGGCAUUGCAUUUUUCUUGGUUUUUUAGCGACAUUCUUGCAGGCUGACACUGCUGCGUGGGGUUUGUCUGGAUUAGGAUAUGAUGGGAUGGGAUGGGAUGGGAUGGGUUGGCUCCCAUUUUCUCCUUCAUGUGCGCCUCUUUAUUACUCCCUCUUUUUUUGUCAGAUUUUAUAGGGAGAGUAUCUUCCUUUCCCAAUAUUUUCUUACCAGAUACAAUAAUAUCGUUGGUAGAUAAGGGUGGCAAUGGACUAGACGAGACUUGAGACCCCACCAACUCCAAGCACCUCAAUACUAUUCGAGUUUGCGUUUGGGUCCAUCCAGAUCUGGCCCGUGCCAGUAGUCGAUGGGAUUGAGUAUGUAUUCAAAUUUUGGACACGAAUAUUAUUUGGGUCUGAUUUUCAGUUUGAUCACA